UUCGAGGUGCUGAGAUUCUUAUUGUCAUUUGGCAGAAAGAGGCAUAGAGUGCGAGGGAGAGACGCGAGAGGGCGAGAGGGCGAGAGGGCGAGAGAGAGAGUAGAUAAAUUCAAUCAUCCAUUGAUACUUCUGGAGGUCUAUGUUUGUUUGAUCAAAGUUCUUUGAACCUUUCGAUUUGAAAGAUGAGAAAGGAGGAGACAGUGAAGCUGAUCAGUGCUGAGGGCUUCGAAUUCGUCAUCGACAAGAAAGCUGCCAUGGUUUCUCAGACCAUUCGUAACAUGCUCACUUCUCCAGGGAGUUUUACUGAAGCCCAGCAUGGAGAAGUCACGUUCCCAGAGAUUAGUACCACUAUCUUGGAGAAGAUCUGCCAGUAUUUCUAUUGGUCACUGCAAUACGCCAGUGGGAAGGAGACUGAGUUCCAUAUUGAACCUGAAUUGACCCUUGAGUUAAUGAUGGCAGCUAAUUACCUCCACACUUGAGGGCCUUAUCUCUCUUUCACCUCUUGGGAACAAGUUAUAAUGAAGACUUGCAAGAUGAUUGUGCCAUGGGAGGCUAAAAGGCUGUAAGGUAGUGACAUUUCUCACAUAUUUUCCUACGUCAGAAGUGGGUAUAUUUAGGCUUCUUAAUCGGGUGGUUGCGGCCAUUGUAAGCUGAAAGGGACAAAAUAAAUGCAUUUAUUAGACAAUGUGGCAUUCUGUUGUUUUCUCUUUCUGGUAAAUAUUUAGCAUUCGGUUCUGCUUGUAACUUUUAUGGACUUGUACUCCUGUAAAAAUGUUAUUGUGUUA